AUGGAGGAAGAGAACGAAGUGGAGAAGACGUUUGCAGAACUUGGUCUGCGUGAAGAACUUGUGAAGGCUUGCGAUAGAUUGGGAUGGAAGAACCCUUCGAAAAUUCAAGCCGAAGCCCUUCCUUAUGCUCUUGAAGGGAAAGAUGUAAUUGGACUUGCGCAAACCGGUUCUGGUAAAACUGGAGCCUUCGCUUUGCCUAUCUUGCAAGCACUUCUUGAGUAUGUGUAUGAUUCUGAGCCAAAGAAAGGACGUAGACCUGAUCCUGCCUUCUUUGCCUGUGUUUUAUCUCCAACUCGAGAGCUUGCAAUCCAGAUUGCUGAACAAUUUGAAGCUCUAGGAUCUGAUAUUAGUCUUAGGUGUGCUGUGCUUGUUGGAGGUAUAGACAGGAUGCAACAAACUAUUGCUCUUGGGAAACGGCCUCAUGUUAUUGUUGCAACACCUGGUCGUCUUUGGGAUCACAUGUCUGACACAAAAGGAUUUUCUCUGAAAACAUUGAAAUAUCUGGUUCUUGAUGAAGCUGACAGACUGCUGAAUGAAGAUUUUGAGAAGUCUCUUAACCAGAUAUUGGAAGAGAUCCCUCAUGACCGUAAAACAUUUCUUUUUUCAGCAACUAUGACUAAAAAGGUUCGUAAACUUCAAAGGGCAUGUUUGAGGAAUCCUGUGAAGAUUGAAGCUGCCUCUAAAUAUUCCACAGUCGAUACUCUAAAACAGCAGUAUCGGUUUGUUGCCGCUAAAUACAAGGAUUGCUAUCUUGUAUACAUUCUGAGUGAAAUGCCUGAAUCAACAUCAAUGAUUUUUACUCGAACGUGUGAUGGUACUCGUUUUCUGGCGUUGGUGCUUCGGAGCCUUGGUUUUAGAGCCAUUCCUAUCAGUGGUCAAAUGACUCAGACAAAGAGACUAGGAGCCUUGAAUAAGUUCAAAGCAGGGGAAUGUAACAUCUUGGUUUGCACCGAUGUUGCUAGUAGAGGGCUAGAUAUACCAUCAGUUGACGUGGUUAUCAAUUACGACAUUCCAACAAAUUCAAAGGAUUACAUUCACAGAGUGGGAAGAACAGCUCGUGCUGGACGUUCUGGUGUCGGGAUAUCACUUGUAAACCAGUAUGAGCUCGAAUGGUACUUACAAAUUGAAAAACUCAUAGGCAAGAAACUACCAGAAUAUCCAGCUGAGGAAGACGAAGUCUUGUCAUUGCAGGAGAGAGUUGCAGAAGCAAAAAAAUUAUCCGCAAUGAAUAUGAAAGAAUCAGGAGGUAGGAAGAAGAGAAGGGGAGAAGAUGAUGAAGAAAGUGAGAGAUUCUUGGGAAAUAACAAAGACAAUAAUAAGAAAGGAGGUAACAGAGACAAUCAGAAAGCUUCCAAGAAGUUCAAACGAUAA